GAACUAUUUUAACACUCUAUAUAUUUAGUGAAGGUACUGCUAUUUAUGCCUGAAACUUAAAGUUUUAAGUAGAAGCGAAUAUCAAUAAUUUAUUACACCUUCAUAUAUGCAUUUAGUUAAAGAUACAUUCUGAAAAGAAAUAAUCAAAUGUCUUUCAAAAUGAAUAAAUACUUGGAUCUUGCAAAAACAGGUAGCAGUUAUGCCAAACAUAUGAAUCGUUUAAGUAAUCGAAUAUUUGGUGAAGUAACAAGAACGACUAAUAAGAAAUCGAUGAAAGUAGUGACAUUAUUUAGCGAAAAACCGAUAAAUAAGCGACCAGAAAUUGUUGAUUAUUAUCCACGGCAUGUUGAAGCUGAUUUAUUAAUGAAACAUCUUAGGAGUUAUGGAUUAUACAGAGAUGAACAUGAAGAUUUUAAGGAAGAAUAUGAACGUUUAAGAGAACUUCGUGGCAAAAAGAAAUGGAUUCCUCCACCAUUUAGGAAGCAAUAAGUUAUUUGAUUUGUUUAAAUUCAGUGUAUUAAAUCAAACUGUAUUUGUAUAAUAUGUAUUUCAUAUAAUACAUGUGCUUACUUAAAUACCAAAUGUUAUGUAUAAAUAAUAAUGUAAAGAUACCAAAAUACAAAAUGAAAAAAUA